AUGGCACCAAACUCUGAGGAUUCUCAAGCACAGGCCACUGGCACCACUUCUGGAGCUGUAAUGGUAGUCAAUCACAAUCACCAUUUGUUCUUGCAUUCUUCUGAUGUGAGUGGAAUACAGAUUAUUUCGUUUCAGUUAACUGGGGUAGAAAACUACUCAGUCUGGUUUAGAUCAAUGAGGAUUGCAUUGCUAGGGAGGAACAAAUUGGGAAUGGUUGACAGAUCUUGUAAGAAGGAAAUGUCUCUAGGGCUAGAGUGCAAUUGGGAAAGAGUGAAUGCUAUAGUCUUAUCUUGGAUCAUGAACUCUGUUUCAAAGAAUCUGUUAGGAGGUAUAAUGUAUGCUUCAAAUGCUAAAGUAGUAUGGGAUGAUCUGUUCGAAAGAUUCAACAAAGUUGAUGGGUCAAGAACAUUCAAUCUGCAUAAAGAAAUUGCAACAUUAAGUCAAGACACCAGUUCUGUGUCUAUGUACUAUUCUAAACUCAAAGGACUGUGGGAAGAGUUUGAAGCUCUAGUUCCAAUCCCAGGGUGUUCUUGUGAGGGGUCAAAGGAAUAUAGUGUGCAUCAUCAAAAUUUGAAGUUGUUUCAGUUUCUCAUGGGGUUGAAUGACUCAUAUCUACAAGCAAGAAGUCAAAUUAUAAUGCUGAAACCAGUACCUAGUGUUAAUCAAGCUUACUCUAUGAUCUUAAGUGAUGAAAGUCAAAGGUCUGUUGUAGCUAAUGCAGGAGUGUUGGGACAUACAAGGGAAAAUUGUUACAAGAUCAUUGUAUAUCCACAGGAUUUUAUGUUCAAAAAGAAGGGAGUAAGUAGUUCUGCAUAUAAUGUAACUGGUGACUCUGAGGAUGGGUUGAGAUCAAGGUCUAAUGAUGGAGUGAGGUCAAAUGCAAGUGAUACAGGAAGUGGACAGUUGAGGUGUGACGGAGAGGUUAAGAUACCACAUCAGAAUCAGCUGGAAUCAUGUACAUUGACUAGGGAGCAAUAUAAUCAGGUCUUGCAAUUCCUUGACAAAAAGUCAGAGGUUUCACAUUGUGUAAAUCCAGUAGGUACAAAUUCUACUCCAAGAAGUCAGAGUCACAGUCCAGGAUGGAUAAUAGAUACAGGAGCCACAAACCAUGUUGUGGCUGACCUGAGUCUCUUAAAAAAUCAGUCUAUAUCUAAAGUUGAAAAUCCCAAGAAAGUACAUCUUCCAAAUGGUGAUAAAGCCUUGGUAACACAUCUAGGUUCUAGCACACUAGAUGGGAAGAACACAGUUUCAGGAGAACUCUUCAGUGGAAAGGUGAAGAUGAUUGGUAGAGAGGAUGGAGGAUUGUACAUUUUGUCCAACAAAGUAAAAAAAGAUGAUGUUGUAUUGUCAGCAAGACAUUCUGAGCACAGUGAUAGAAAGACUAAGAAACUAGAUAUUCAGUUACUACAUAAAAGGCUUGGGCAUAGCUCUAGUUCAAAGCUUAAGAAGUUGUUAAAUACUAGUUUGGAGGAUAUUACAAAGAUGCCUAGUAGUGUUAUUGCUGAUAUGUUUCCUUUUGAAAAACUGUAUAAUAAGAAACCUUUUUUGCAUCAGUUAAGGGUGUUAGGAUGUCUAUAUUUUGCUAAGAGAGUAAAUGAGUCAGACAAGUUAAAGCCCAGGGAUGUAGUGUUUCAGGAAGAUGUUUUUCCAUUCAAACUCAAGUCCAAGGAUUCAGUUCCUGUUUUUACAUACACUGGUAUAAAUCAUGAAGUGGAUGAUCUAAAAGAAGUGUCAAUAGCAACACAUUCACAGCAUAAUUCUCAAACUAAGAUACUGCCUCAAGAACAAGUUGAAAAUACUGAAGUGGAGACUUCUACCAACCUACAACAAACAAAUGUAUAUAAAGAUAUACAAGCAGAACAUAUAUCUCAAACUGAAGUGAGAAAAUCAGGAAGAAGAACCAAACCUCCAUUAUGGUUAAAAGAUUUUGUGUCACUAAACAUCAAUAAAGGACCUUACAGUUUGGAUAAAUAUGUGUCAUACAGCAGUAUUAAUCCUACCUAUCAGACAUAUCUAGCAAAGAUGUCAAGUGUGAUAGAACCACAGUCUUACAAGGAGGCAGUAUCUGAUCCUAGGUGGACUGAGGCAAUGAAUGCUGAGAUAAAGGCACUACAAGAUAAUCAUACUUGGGAAGUAGUUGAACUUCCUGAUGGAAAAACACCUAUAGGUUGCAGAUAG